UUUUUCUCGUAAUUCUUUUCGUAGAGUCAAGAUUAUUAUUAGAUUACUCUUACAGCAAGUCAGGACUUAAUCAUGGCGAAUAAAAUUUCUGGCCGAGACAACGCGGGGUUUCAAAUGGCAAUUAAUUCAAGUCAGACUCAAAAUGGAAAUAAUUUCGGAAAAGGUGGAUUUAUGGAAGCGGUGAAAAUUCAACGCGCCUCAAAAAGUUACGGGAGUGGACCCAAAGUUCUGAACAAUCUAAGCAUGACGAUCGAAAAGGGGACGAUUUAUUCGCUCCUGGGUUCGUCCGGAUGUGGGAAGACGACCCUGUUAUCGUGCAUUGUAGGAAUUCGAAAUUUUAAUUCCGGGGAGAUUUUGGUCUUCGGCCGAAACCCGGGUUCUCGUGGGAGUGGGAUACCUGGAAAACGGGUCGGCUACAUGCCACAAGACCUCGCUUUAUAUAACGACUUUUCAAUUAAUGAGUCCAUGCAGUAUUUUGCUGUACUGUAUAACAUGAGCGGCAAAGAGUUGAAGGAAAGUAGAGAAUUUCUCAUUCAAUUUUUGGACUUACCCGAAGCCGAGAAUCGGAUUGGAAGUUUGAGUGGUGGACAAAAGAGAAGAGUUUCACUCGCACUUGCGUUGAUUCAUUCACCGGAGCUUUUGAUUUUGGACGAGCCUUCUGUUGGGGUCGACCCAUUACUGCGGGAAAACAUUUGGAACCAUCUCGUUCACCUCGUUGCAAAAAACAACUGCACAAUUAUCGUCAGUACGCACUAUUCGGAGGAGGCACGAUCAUCAAAUAAGGCAUCUUUUGUGGAAACUAUCUACUUACAUAUUAUCUAAAGCAUCAACUUGUUUUCGUUAAAUAAACCCGUUUUUUUAGAUCGGAUUAAUGCGUGGUGGUCGCCUUAUUGCGGAGUCAAGUCCGAAGGAAUUACUACAAAAGUAUGAAACCACCUCGCUGGAGGAAAUUGUUUUGAAACUGUGUCGAAACGACGAUAUGAAUGUGCAGACUGAAAAUUGUCGGAGUAGGAAAACCUCUAAUGGGGGGUUGCUAAAAUCACUGAAACAAAUGUCUCACCAUGCCCCCACCUCACUGGAGGAUGUGCCAUACGGCGACACCACAGCAUUCCAGAGGAUUAAGGCUCUCAUCACAAAAAACUACAUGGCCAUGACGAGAAAUUUGAUGCUCCUCGUUUUCAUGAUGUUCACUCCGGCCUUACAAGUCUUCGUUAUGUGUCUCGCCAUAGGAAACGAUCCUAAGCCAAUGUGGAUGGGAGUGGUGAACCAUGAAAUGAAUUAUACGCCGUGCUCUACUACCCGGUUGAAGGAUCGUGGUUCCAUUGAAGGCUGUGACGUGAAGAAGCUAAGUUGUAAAUUCUUAAUUGAAAUACCAACCGAUACAAUUUACUUGGUGAGUGUACAAUAAAUAUUUGUGUAUGUACAGUGCCCAAACUUAGAGGUUCCGGCCCGGGAAUUUUUUCAUGCCCGGCCCCAUUUAAAAUUGGCAUUUAUAAGUCUAAAAUUAUAUGCUCAGUCAAAACAAUUUCGAUGAUAGCAACGACGUUUAAAGUCUGAUUUUACGAAAGUGUCUAUUUUAUUAAAAAUUGUAUUAAAGUGAAUGCACUCUGUACUCUAUAACAAGGAAACUGUUUUAAAUCCAGAGUAAUUUCAAGUUCCCUCUGGAUUCAUUACAUGUUUAUUUACUACCCGAAACGGUAAAAUUAUUUUAUAGAGUGCACUCACAGAAAAAUCGACACCGAAUUGACACCAUGCCGGUGUCUAUAUAUGACUCUACCGGUUUGGUGUCAAAUUGACACGGUGCGGUGUCAAUUAUGUUGCACACCGCUGCAGUGUCAACCCAACAUGCCGUUGUGAAAAUACCAACACCGCGAAUGGAAAAUAAGUUGUGCUCAGUUAUGUUGAUUCGACACUGCUAGGUAACAAUAUAUGUGCAUCUUAAUAUAUGCAUGUCACCACCUGGUGAAAAAUCGUCCCCGGAUUGUGACAACUGAAGUCAGGGUAUUCCGACCUGGGUUUUAAUGGGUUGGGUUUUAUUGGGUUUUAAUGGGUUUUAAUGGG